GCUACUUGGUUGGUUGUACACCACUGGACCAUCGCAAACCCACCAAACCACAUUAUUGAAAGCAAGAUGGGAUCUGUACAAGAUGAAGCAGACCGGGAUUUCUCGGCUGCGGCCACGACUCACGAUUUUCACGCGUUACUGUUCGACAUGGACGGCACGAUCAUCGACUCGACAGACGCGAUUGAGCGACAUUGGAAGCAACUCGGCCACGAAAUCGGAGUCUCGGGCGAGGAAAUCUUGAAAACGUCACAUGGAAGACGGAGUAUCGAUGUCUUGGCUUUGCUCGCUCCGGAACGUGCCAACUGGGAAUAUGUUUCCACGGCAGAAGGCCGCAUUCCAGAAUUGUACGGCGAGAGCGCGGUGGAGAUUCCCGGUUCGAGACAGAUUCUCGAUGAGCUGGAAGAUGCUGGAGUCCCGUGGGCGAUUGUGACGAGUGGUACGAGGCCGCUGGUGGAAGGGUGGCUCAAUGUGAUGAAGUUGGCAAAACCGAGGUUUAUGGUCACUGCGGAGGAGGUGGCGAAAGGGAAGCCCCAUCCUGAGUGCUACCGCAAGGGGGCACAAUUGCUUGGCAAAGGGGAAGUCAAUGGUGGAGAGAUUCUUGUGCUGGAGGAUGCGCCAGCUGGGGUCCGAGCUGGAAAGGCCGCUGGUUUUACCGUCGUUGCGCUGGCUACGACUCACACGGUGAGCAGCCUGAAGGAGGCAGGGGCGGACUUUAUUGUGAGAGACAUGAGGAGCGUGAAGUUCAAGGGGUACGACGGAACAGCCCGAAUAGAGAUCAGAGAUGCGCUGGUGGUCUAAGGCUCAUGGCGGGCCUGACUUUUGAAAGGUCAUCACUAUAGACAGCAAGAAAUCUCUCGACAUUCACGAAAUAUGAUACUCCACAAGGAGACUCAGCUUUCGAGAGCCCAAGCCAUCGAUCGAUUGUGUACAGAUUUCAAAUUCGUCCAACUUUGUUGCCUUCACGAAAACUGGCUUUGCUGAUCGUGAGAGAUGAAUACACGCCGGGUAUAUCCGAGAAUCUAUACCUACCUAUACCUA